AUGGGGUUUGUUCCUUCCGCUCGAAGAGAGAAGGACGCAGAGCUAAACCAGAAGAGGCCGCAGUACAUCAAGGCGAAAGAAAACACGGCUCACAAGAUCAAGAAGCUGGAGGCCGCACGGAAAUCCCUGCAGAACGCGCAGAAGUGCUACAAGAAGCGCAAGGCCGAUAUGGACGAGCUGGAGCGUGAGCAGAGAGCCGUGGAGACGGCCAGGCAGGAGUUCGAGGAGCGCAUGGAGGAGGAGGCGCAGAGCCAGGGUCAGGACCUGCAGCUCGAAGAAAACCAGGUCAAAGCGUAUCACCGUCUCAAAGAAGAGGCCAGCAAACGAGCUGCUACUCUGGCCCAGGAGUUGGAGAAGUUUAACCGCGAUCAAAAAGCUGACCAGGACCGCCUCGACCUGGAGGAGAGGAAGAAAGUGGAGACGGAGGCAAAGAUCAAGCAGAAGAUCCGAGAGAUCGAGGAGAACCAGAAGCGUAUUGAGAAGCUCGAGGAUUACAUCACAACCAGCAGACAGUCUCUGGAUGAACAGAAGAGGAUGGAGGAGGAGCUCACAGAGGAGGUGGAGCAAGCCAAGAGGAGGAUUGAUGAGAUUAAUAUGGAGCUUAAUCAGGUGAUGGAGCAGCUCGGCGACGCUCGUAUAGACAGACAGGAGAACAGCAGACAGCAGCGCAAAGCCGAGAUCAUGGAGAGCAUCAAGAGACUCUAUCCCGGAUCAGUGUACGGCAGGCUCAUAGAUCUGUGCCAGCCCACUCAGAAGAAGUACCAGAUCGCCGUUACCAAAGUGCUGGGCAAAAACAUGGACGCCAUCAUCGUGGACUCGGAGAAGACCGGCCGUGACUGCAUCCAGUACAUUAAAGAGCAGAGAGGAGAACCUGAAACCUUCUUGCCUCUGGAUUAUCUCGAGGUCAAACCCACGGAUGAGAAGCUGCGUGAGCUGCGCGGUGCCAAGCUGGUGAUCGACGUCAUUCGCUACGAGCCUCCACAGAUCAAGAAAGCUCUGCAGUACGCCUGCGGGAACGCGCUCGUGUGCGAGAACGUCGAGGACGCCCGCAGGAUCGCUUUCGGAGGACCGUACAGGCACAAGACCGUGGCUCUUGACGGAACGCUGUUCCAGAAGUCCGGCGUGAUCUCCGGAGGUGCCAGCGACCUGAAGGCCAAAGCUCGCCGCUGGGACGAAAAAGCCGUGGACAAGCUGAAGGACAGGAAAGAAAAACUCACCGAUGAGCUCAAGGAGCAAAUGAAGGCGAAAAGAAAGGAGGCGGAGCUUCGUCAGGUGCAGUCUCAAGCUCACGGGCUGCAGAUGAGGCUGAAGUACUCUCAGAGUGACCUCGAGCAGACCAAAACGCGCCAUCUGUCCUUAAAUAUGCAGGAAAAAUCCAAGCUAGAAAGCGAGCUGGCCAACUUUGGGCCUCGUAUCAACGACAUCAAGAGGAUCAUCCAGUCACGCGAGCGAGACAUGAAGGAGCUCAAAGACCGCAUGAACCUGGUGGAGGACGAAGUGUUUUUCGAGUUCUGUAAGGAGAUCGGCGUGAGGAACAUUCGCGAGUUUGAAGAGGAGAAAGUGAAAAGGCAGAAUGAGAUCGCAAAGAAGCGCUUGGAGUUUGAGACCCAGAAGACUCGCCUGGCGAUCCAGCUGGAUUAUGAGAAGAACCAGCUAAAGGAGGACCAGGAGAAGGUCAUCAUGUGGGAGCAGACGGUGAAGAAGGACGAAAGCGAGAUCGAAAGACUAAAGAAGGAGGAGCAGAGACACAUGAAGAUCAUCGAUGAGACCAUGGCUCAGCUUCAGGACUUGAAGAAUCAGCACCUGACCAAGAAGUCUGAGGUCAACGACAAAAACCACGAAAUGGAAGAAAUUCGUAAGAAACUAGGCGGAGCCAACAAAGAGCUGACGCAGCUUCAGAAGGAGGUCACAGCCAUCGAGACGAAGCUGGAGCAGAAGCGCAGUGACAGACACAACCUGCUGCAGGCCUGUAAAAUGCAGGACAUCCGACUUCCUCUCAGAUCAGGAACCAUGGACGACAUCAGCCAGGAGGAGGGAAGCUCCCAGGAUGAAAGUCUGAGCAGCAGCCAGAAGACAUCCAGCACCGUUUUAGCCAAAGAGGCUCUCAUUGAGAUCGACUACAGCAGCCUGUCUGAAGACCUGAAGGACUCGCUGUCUGAGGAGGAGAUUAAAGGCGAGAUGAACACCCUUCAGCAGAGGCUUAACGAGCAGCAGAGCAUCCUCCAGAGGAUCAGCGCGCCCAACAUGAAGGCCAUGGAGAAGCUGGAGAGCGUCCGAGACAAAUUCCAGGAAACGAGUGACGAAUUCGAAGCCGCGAGGAAGAGGGCGAAGAAAGCCAAGCAGGCGUUCGAGCAGAUCAAGAAGGAGCGGUUCGAUCGCUUCAACGCCUGCUUCGAGUCCGUCGCCACCAACAUCGACGAGAUCUACAAAGCGCUGUCGCGCAACAGCAGCGCUCAGGCUUUUCUCGGACCGGAGAACCCGGAGGAGCCGUACCUGGAUGGGAUCAACUAUAACUGCGUGGCUCCUGGGAAGCGUUUCAGACCCAUGGAUAAUUUAUCAGGAGGAGAAAAAACCGUCGCUGCUCUCGCUUUACUCUUCGCCAUCCACAGCUAUAAACCUGCUCCUUUCUUCGUCCUGGAUGAAAUCGAUGCGGCUCUGGACAACACCAACAUCGGCAAGGUUGCUAAUUACAUUAAAGACCAGUCCAUCCAGAACUUCCAGGCCAUCGUCAUCUCUCUGAAGGAGGAGUUUUACACCAAGGCCGACUCGCUCAUCGGCGUGUAUCCCGAGCAAGGAGACUGCGUUAUCAGUAAAGUCCUGACCUUUGACCUCUCCCAGUAUCCCGACGCAAACCCCAACCCGAAUGAGUAAAGAAGCUCACGUCCCCAAACAGCCGCUUUUACUUUUCAUCUCAGCUCGUUGGGUUUCAAUCUGGGGUUUUUUCUUGUCAUUUAUUCCUCUUAUCGUCUUUUCUUGAUAUUUCUGAUGUAGUUACUCAUUUUAGAUUUUAACUCUGUAACAGUAACCAUGUUGAAUGUUUUUUUGUUUUUGUUUUUUUCCCCAUUUCACCAGUGUACGUCUUUAAUCAUGAUAAUUUUGACAGAUUUGUUUUAAAUUAGUGCUCUUGAUCCUGACCUAUGAUCUUUCUUUGUACCAUCAUGUUUUUCGGUAUGAACUAAAACCUCAGAGUUUUUUAGAUGUGCUUUAUUACUAAUCAUGGCUUCUCUUCUGUACCCAAGUCGAUGUUUCUUGUUAAACUGAAGUGUACAUUUUUUUCUGACAAUAAACUGUUUAAUAAACCAA